AUGGCUGAAGCAAUUGUAUUCGCACUCUCUUCUCAAGCGACUGACCCUCGCGACAGGGUCUACGGAGUGUUGGGCUUGGUUGAAUUACCCACAUGGGGUGAGGCUCUGAGACUUGACUAUGACUUGUCUGCUUGCCCAGUUUAUCAACAAGCUACUAGUUGUAUCUCGCUACAAUAUGCCCUGCCUUCGCCUUCCAGGCCAAAGACUGGUACUCCGCCGAAGAAAAGUCCAAGGGACUACCAUGUUCCCAAGCGUUGUGACAGGAAGAAGUGUGGGUCGCUCCGCGAAAUGAACUUCGCUGCUGGCAUGGCGACGCGAUGA